CAUAGGAUCGUGUUAUGCAAGAUGGCGGCCUCCAUGGUCUGUCGCGGAGGACUAAGAAAAUUUAAGCAGCUUGCUUCCAUUCAGUACACACAAUGCAGGGGAAACAGAGAAGCGACCAAUUCAAUGAGCAGAGGAUAUUUUGUUUUCAUACCAGAAAUCCCAAAAGACACCAAAGUAACAAACCCAAUUAUGGACUAUGACAAAUUCCCACAGUUUUCCAAGAUGAAUAAGGACAGUGUUGUAAGGGGAUGUGCAAAGCUGGCCUUGUUGUUUGAUGUUGAGUAUGACAAGCUUGUACAGACUUUAGGUAGUAAAAAGUUGAGUUUUGAGGAGAUAAUAGAUCAAAUGGAGAGAUCAAUGGCCCCAAUGCAAUAUGGCAUGCAUCAAGCAGAAAUCCUCACACAGAAUAGUUACAAGGACUUCCCCAGAAGUUUCUUUAAUAGGACUGAAAGCCAAGUACAGAGGUCAUUGAAUGAAAUUUUCUUCCAUGAAGAAUUUUAUAAAGCUCUAAAGAGAAUAGACAAGGAGAAUAAGCUUACUCCAUACCAGCGACGGUUGCUUGAUAUGUAUUUCUACGAAGCCAAACUUAUUGGACUUCAUAUAUUUGACAACAAGAAGGACUACACGUACAUCCUUGAGUGCUACGAAAAGAUAGAGAGAAACCAACAGGAAUUUGAAAUGAAGGUGAUGUCACACAAGCGUCUGUUCUUUUUGGACAUCAACCAGUCUGACUGGAAAUGGGUCGAACAGCUGCCCCCGGCUGUCAGGCAGGAGAUAGCCAGAGACAAAUCAGCACCAGAUGUAGGACCAUGGCGUGUAACUUUAAAGAAGCCAGUUGUUGAGGCGUUUCUUGAAGUGUGUCCCAACAGGAAACUGCGGUUCAAAGUAUGGAAUGGCUGGCAUAUCAUAGGCACCCACUUCUCAACAGACAUACGACUCCACACGUUUGAAAUCCCAGGACAGAUAACAGAGGCUCGAAGAGACAUAGCCUUAAAGCUUGGAUAUGAGCACUACACUGACAUGUGUAUGGAACGAAGGAUGGCAGGCAAUGUGAAAACUGUCUACACCAUGCUGGACACUUACCGUGAACAUUUCUACCCGAUGGCAAAGAAGGAGAUGGAGGAUCUUCAGCAGUUUGCCAACUCCAGCGGCUUCCCUGAGGCCAUUAGACAGUGGGAUAUCACGUUCUUUCGACGGCAACACUGUGAUAAACUCUACAAUAUGCAUAAAGUGGACAGAAAGCCUUACUUCAGCGUACCCCUGGUGUUGGAAACCAUGUUCUCUGUCUGUGAAAGGAUGUUCUCCAUCAAAAUUGAGCCAGUCCUGCAACCUGAUGUAUGGAACUCUGAUGUGAUGGCAUUUGAUGUACACAACCUUGAUGGUGCGUUUGUGGGGAGGUUUUACCUUGACUUGUAUGCACGGCCUACAAAGAGGAUGGCUGACACCACUUACCUAUGUAGAGAGCGAUGUGACCGUCUAGGCAUGACUCCAAUAUCUGUGAUCACACUGAAUCUGAACAAGUCGGAGAUGUCAGGGAUCCCAAGCCUCAUGUCCUUCCAGGAUGUUCUCACCCUCUUUGGAGAGUUUGGGAAUACGUUGCAGCAGGUACUGAGUGAGGUGCCGUUACUUGAGCUCUCGUCACAGCGAAACAUAGAUCGAGACGCAAUCUUUGUGUGUGCCAAUGUGAUGAAGAUGAUAGCGCAGCAGCCCUCCAUCGUAAGAGACAUGAGCCAACAUCAUCUGUCUGGGGAAUCGCUUGAUGAUCACGACAUUGACAAACUUUUAAAAUGUCAACUGCAUAUGAAGGGUUUUGACAUGUGUCACCAGCUCUACAAGAGCGCCUUUGAUAUUGAAAACCAUCUGGCGCAUGACAACUACUGGAAGGACAUACAGAUGGACAUGUACAAAUUGUUCAUGCCGCUAGAGAUCCACAAAGAGGACUGGAUCUGGUGCUCGGACCCAACACUCUGGAUGAGCGACGCUUUCGCAGCAGCCUAUUACCUUCACAUAUGGUCCGAGAUGUUGGCUGCUAACAUCAUGGAGGAGUUUACUGUUUCUGGGUUUGACAAUGAAAAACAGCUCGCCAAAGUUGGCAUGAGAUUCCGUGAGACGUACCUGGCUGUUGGAGGAGCGGAGAGUGCGAAAUCCGUGUUCCAGAAAUUCACUGGACGAAACCCGUCGCUGGAAAGUCUCCUCAAGCGCUAUCCAAGAUAGAGCGAUUGAUGUACUGUUGAAUGAGAACUCUGUUUGAGUGGAAUCUAAACCACUCAUGUUUCACCCUGUCUGUCAUUUGUGAUUCAUUAACCUCAUAAAUCAUGGUGAACAAAGAUGCCUCUAUGAGUGCUAGUGUUUGAAGUUUGUUAGAGAACAUUCUUCUUGGUUUCAUAGAGUGCAAUUGGAAGUUAAAUCUGAAUCAUGAAUAAAUGAAGAUUGCAAAAUGGCUGACAUGUACUAAGAAAAUAAGAACAGGUAUACAGCAAGUUAAAAUUAACGUCAAUGCUAUGAGUUUUGAAGACUGAUGGUAAGGUUCUAUGUGCACUGAGUUUUAUGUGAAAGGUACAGGACACAUAUCAUUUACAACUGUGCAUGUAACAGUUUCCUCAUUAAGGUUACUUACUUACUAUCUUUCCUGUCAACAAAUUCCUUGCGUUUGUUUUUGAUACUUUAAGAGUAUUGUAUAGAUUGUUAAUAUAAUAAAAUAAUAUUUGAAUAAAACUGACACGUGUUUACUGG